AUUCAUCAACCAAUAGCGUGUAGUCUUUAAUGCUUACAAUAUCACGCCAUCGGGCUUACUAAUAGACCGAAGUAGGUUUUCUGUACAGUAGCCUACUGUACAGGUAUUUCGACCGACUUAUUUUAGUCUUGUCAUUAUUCAAUAAUAUCAAUAAGUGAUAUCAGGCUUACUAUGCAUGCUGUACUGGAGUUGUCUGCCCACAAGCUAUUGAAAUGAUAUUGAUAAUGAAAUGAUAUGAAACUGAAAGACCAGAAUGGUGAACUGAUUAAGCUAUUAUUAACCUAAUGAAAUUCAAUUGCAAAGAAAUGUCUGUCCUUAAACUUCAAAUAAAUCUUAGGGUAGUAAAUUCAAAAUGUCAAAAAUCUCAACUGUAUUUGACCACACCUAUCUGUUCAGAGAAAGUAACAUUUGAAUGUAAUAGCAUCCGCCAAAAUGGAACUCUAACCACUACAAAAACAGAUAAAAAAGAAAAUGCAUCCAAUUCAACCUCAGAUGCUUCAGCACAAACAGUGAAAAAGUCAUCAGUUAAACUUCUUUCUUUAGGAGUGACAGUCCCCUUAAAGUUUGCUGAAUUUAACAAAUAUCUGAAUGAAGCCACCAAAAAGUUAAGAUCACUUUACUCUACAAAAGAAGGGAUACAUAAGCACUACACUCAGCACAAGGAUGAGACACAGGCUAGUUCACUAGAAACUACAGUAAGCCAAAUCAAUCAGAGCAUUGUGGCCUUUUAUGACACAACCAAGGCCUCCCCAGCACCCAGAGUUAGAACAGUAGGCUCAGCUCCUUACUCUACCCUAAACAAAGACUCUAGCGAAGAUGAGCACAAUUUAGGAGAGAGCCCUCAAAUGAUUGGCCCAUUGUUUCCUCUGACACCCAGUACUGAGGCCAAAAAGCAGAAAGCCGAGGCCAGAAGAGCAGAAAAAAUUUCUAGACUUUCCUUGGAAUCUCGUACAAAGUCACUGGUUCAGUCACUCAAGGGGGCUCACUCUCUAAUGUCAAAGAUGACAAGAACUGAAGAGUUCUGUGAACAUCUGAUUGCUCAUCCAGAGUGUGUCUGGGAUGCUUCAAAAGAAAAAGUCUUGCCUUGUUUACUGCGUCUCUCCACUUCACCAGAUAAACAUCUGAGAGGCUUAGCUUUAGAAGCAUUGUCUUUGAUAGGUUACUGUAAACCUUUGUCAUCUCCUGGUAUACGAAUAUUGUCAAUAGAUGGAGGAGGUACAAGAGGACUAGUGACCAUUGAGUUCUUGAAAGCGCUGGAGAAACAAAGUCAGCGUAAAAUUUACCAACUCUUUGAUUAUGUGUGUGGGGUCAGCACUGGGGCUCUCCUGGCUGCCAUGAUCUGUCUGUACAAAAUCCCACUGGAGCGCUGUGAGCAGCUCUACAAAGAUUGCUCAGUUCAGAUGUUCACUAGGAACAGAGUGGUCGGCACCACCAAGCUGGUGCUCAACCAUGGCUUCUAUGACUCACACUCAUGGGAAGAAAUUUUGAAGAAAGAAAUUGGGGAAAGGCUGUUUAUUGAGUUUUCACGAGAUCCAGAUGUCCCCAAAAUGUCUGCCGUUUCAUCACUGGCCAGUGCUCCACAACUGACCAAUUAUUUAUUCCGGACUUACAACCUUCCUCCGGGUGCUACCUCCCAGUACCCUGGUGGCUGCCAUUACAAAAUUUGGGAGGUCAUUAGAGCAUCAUCUGCUGCACCUGGUUACUUCGAGGCAUUUGUUCGGGGCAACGAAAUACAUGAGGAUGGUGGUAUUUCAGCCAAUAACCCAACAGCACUGGCCAUCCAUGAAAGUAGGUUACUGUGGCCAAAGGAAAACUUUCAUUGUGUUGUUUCACUGGGGACUGGAAGGUUUGAGUCAUCCAAGCUGACACCAGGGAAAGUCUCUCUCAAACGUCGCUUCUCUAAUUUGGUUGAUAGUGCCACUGAUACAGAAUCUGUCCAUCAGACUUUACAAGACUUACUACAGCCACGAACAUAUUUCCGCUUCAAUCCAUACUUGACAGAAGAAUGUAACUUGGAUGAAAUUCGUGCUGAGAAAAUGUCCCAAAUGCAGCUGGAUGCACAGAUGUAUACCCGGCGCAACAGUUACAAGCUGACCGCUGCAGCAGAGAGGCUGACAGAAAAACGUAAACCUCAACAAUACUUGCUGGAUGCUGUGAGAAAGGUUAUUGAUCAGUAUUAGCUAUUCUAAGGACUCCAUACGCUUUCUUGCUCAUUAAUCAAAGAUUGUCAGUUUUAAUCUUGAUUUCAUUGGCUGUUAGCUGUGUCAUGUCAGACUAUUUUCAAAAGUGAGAGUUUGUGUCACAGGUAAUGUCAGAUUACUGGUCAACAAAUUUAGAGCAUCUCUGUCCCAACUUUUUCCCUAUCUCAUAUUGUUAUUAUGUAUAGCAAAACAUAUUCCCUAUCUCAUAUUGUCAUUGUGUAUAGAAUCAUAUAUUCCCUAUCUCAUAUUGUCAUCAUUUAUAGCAUCACAUAUUCCCUAUCUCAUAUUGUCAUUAUGUAUAGCAACACAUAUUCCCUAUCUCAUAUUGUCAUCAUGUAUAGCAUCACAUAUUCCCUAUCUCAUAUUGUCAUUGUGUAUAGCAUCACAUAUUCCAAGUACGAUAAUGUUUAUGUAUCUCUCUCUAUUGAUAAACAAUGUUAAGUAAUGUUUAACUAAUUAUUUCUGACCUGUGAGGUCAUAUGGAAGAACUGUGAUAACUAAAAAUAGGACCUUUUGUAUAAAGCACAUUGAUUAUUGAUUGGAGUGCAGUUUAUUCUAGACCAAAUGGCUUCAUUGCUUUGCAUUUUCAUGUCCAAAGCGUUAUACAAGCUAAGAUGUGGCCAUUAAUUAUGAUGGAGAUUUGUGGUAAAAAUUGCUGAUGAUAAAUAUGUUUUGAAAGUUUUCCGAUGGAUUAUACGUUUGCUUGUUUAAUUUCAUAGAUUUAUUUCAUAGAACCAUCUUUGUGACAUGUGAGAUGUAGGCUAGAUGCCUACAUAUAAGAUGUAUGUUGUAUGUUGGCUAGAUGCCUACAUAUAAGAUGUAUGUUGGCUAGAUGCCUACAUAUAAGAUGUAUGCUGAAUAUUGCUAGUCAGCCAAACUUGCCCAUCAAUGUAUUACUGUGUAUUUAACCUAUGAUUUGUAACAUUGUUUUAACUAUGUUUUUAAUCUAUCUAUAACUCUUUAGGUCAAUCAGAUGAAUACUUAUGUUAACUAUGUUUUUAAUACUUUAGAAGAUAAUUCAGUUAGUUCAUUUGUAAACGUUUUGAUUCUCUUUUAGAAAUGUUUUUGCUUGAACUAAGAAUUUCAUGUUAGUAUUUUAAUUUUGAAUGAAGUCAUGUGGCUAAAUAAGCUCAUCCAUGUUUGUUUGUAGCAACCCUUGAAUGUGUGUCCUUCCAUUUCCUAAGUUUGUAUCAACCCUUGAAUGUGUGUCCUUCCAUUUCCUAAGUUUGUAUCAACCCUUGAAUGUGUGUCCUUCCAUUUCCUAAGUUUGUAGCAACCCUUGAAUGUGUGUCCUUCCAUUUCCUAAGUUUCUAGCAACCCUUGAAUGUGUGUCCUUCCAUUUCUAUUUCAAAUGUUUUCAUAUGGUUUGAAUCAACCGGUGACAUCACACAAAGCAAUAAAUAUU